GACCUUGAAAGGUUACGACGUGCCCGGUUCCUUCAAUUUUCAGAUCUGUCGACUGUCAACAAACUGAACGUCUCUAAUGACAGGACCUCUCUGAGAAGAAAUUGGCAGUCGUGGAGUGGGAGUCAGUCCCUUAUGUGCUGGACUUCGUCGGUGUGAGUUGGUGCCACAGAUACAGACAUGCCUAUCCAGCAGGUUCGAGUGCUGACACUACAUGGGGGAGAGGACUUGUCCCAUACUCUCUUUAGGCUGGAGAAAGGAUGGGUGCUGAGGUUUGUGAUGGGCCCGUCCCUCCACGCAAGCCCUGUACGUGUGUUUUGCAACCAUCCCCCAUCAAAAGACGUGGCUUAUGACAGGGAGGAGUACUAUGAGUUAAAAUGGCGGUCACCAUCCGGCUCACGGAUAGACAGACAUGAUGUGUACGCUGAGAUCAAUAUCCACAUAGCAGGCUCCUUCAAUUACUACUUCACUGUAGAUGAAAGUUCUUCCCAUGAAAAUCCCAGUGGGAAAGGGUACUUCCUGGUGGAUCCUACUCUUACAUUUGAUGAUGAAGACGAUAUUGAUAAUGAUAUUACACUCGACUGUAUACAGUGCCUGACUGUCAUAUCAAAAAGUCUUGGGCCUUUCAAUGAAUGGGAAGGCAGACUCCGGGUUGCCAAGGAAACCAGUUACAACAUGGUACACUUCACUCCCGUACAGGAACUUGGCCAGUCCAACUCGGCAUACUCCAUCCGCAACCACCAUGUGUUCAGUCCCGUGUACAGCCCUAGUGAUGUCAAGUACACCUACACUGACCUGGAAAAACUUGUCAAAAAAAUGUGGAGUGAAUGGAAGAUGUUUUCUUUGACCGACCUUGUACUGAAUCACGCAGCCAACGACUCUAAGUGGCUGCAGGAACACCCUGAGUGUGCGUACAACCUGGUGAACUCCCCUCACCUGAAGCCAGCUUACCUGGUCGACAGAAUCCUGCAUCACUUUAGCAGUGAGGUUGCUGAGAACAAGUGGGAGGACAAGGGUGUGCCAGCCAAGCUCUGUGAGAACUACCACCUGGAGGCCACGAAACACCUGCUGAUGACUGAGAUUAUCCCUCCCCAAAAGUUACACGAGUUCUAUACUGUGGAUGUGGAAGAUUAUCUCCAGAAAUUUAGGAAAGCUAUGGAAGAAGGAAAGGAGGUGAUGACUUGUAAGCCCAAGCUAGAGAUUAUCCAGGAUCCUGAAUUCUGUCGACUUGGCUCUACUGUAGACAUGAACACAGCCUUAAGGCUAUACCACACCAGCAGGCAUGACGUCAGUGAAAAUGAGAGAGUGGACGCUUGUUGUGCUGCACUUGAAAAUAAAUUGCAUGAACUGAAUGGUGAGAAGAUGAGAGAAAUGGAGGACCAUAUUAAUGCCAUUGUGAACAACUUCCUGGCCAAUGCCAGGUGGAGAUUUCUGGCUGGUGAUGGCCCGAAGCUUGGAGCCGUUACGGAGAAGGAACCAAUGAUGCACAAUUACUUUAUCCAGCCAGAUUCCUACAUAGCAUCACUGGAUAAAGAGAAGGCAAGGAUAGAUACUGAUGCUGCCAAGCUCAUAAUGGCGUCCAAUGGCUGGGUCAUAGGUGAUGACCCCCUGAGGAAUUUUGCUGAGCCAGGCUCGAACAUUUACCUGCGGCGGGAGUUGGUGGCCUGGGGUGACAGUGCCAAGCUGCGGUAUGGGAAGAAGGAGUCUGACUGCCCAUUCUUGUGGCAGUACAUGAAAGAGUACACCGAGAGGACGGUGAAGAUAUUCCACGGUGUCCGACUGGACAACUGUCACAGCACGCCACUACACGUAGCUGAGUACAUGCUUGAUGCUGCUAGGAAGAUCCGGCCUGAUCUGUAUGUGGUAGCCGAGCUGUUCACUGGCAAUGAGGGGCUGGAUAACUAUUUCCUUAACAAGCUCGGCAUCAACUCCCUCAUUAGAGAGGCCCUGAGUGCCAAUACAGGUCGAGACUUAGGAGGACUGGUGUACAGGUACGGAGGUCAAGCUGUCGGCUCCUUCAUACAGCCCAGGGUUCGCCCUAUGAUACCCACGGUGGCACAUGCUCUCUUCUUUGACCAGACACAUGACAACCAAGGUCCUGUUCAGCUGAGAUCAGCCUAUGACCUGUUUCCCAAUGCAGCUCUGGUCUCUAUGGCAUGCUGUGCUUCUGGAAGUAACCGUGGGUAUGAUCAGAUCAUUCCUCAUCAUAUCCAUGUGGUUACGGAAGAGAGACUGUACACCUCCUGGAGUGACAGUCAGACUCCUAAUCGUUCCCAAAUCAAUCAAUUCUCCGGCAUUACUGCAGGCAAGACUGUGCUCAACAGACUGCAUGGAGAGCUGGGCAAGAGGGGAUUCUCCGAGGUGUUUGUAGACCACGUACGGGAUGAUGUAAUAUCGAUCACCAGACACAACCCCCACACCCAUGACUCUGUCGUCCUGGUAGCUAGGACGGCUUUUCAUCACCCAAAUCAACCCCAGGACACCGGCUUCAUUCCACCUGUCAUCAUUCAGGGCAUUGUGACCCGGGUUCUGUUUGAGGGGCGACCGGUCCACACGGAGGAGUCGCAGUAUAAGAAGGACAAGGACUACAUCAAUGGACUGCCUGACUACCUCCUGGAGCUAGAGAAAGACGUGGAUGUAGGGGAGAGUCGCAUGGCUAGGGUGGUCGUGUCCAACGACACCCCCACCUCCGAGGUUCAUCUUCACAUGUUCACACCCGGCAGUGUCAUAGCAUUCAGGUGUGAAUUUCCCAAACAGCCGAAAAAUGCUAUUCUAGAGAUACGGCGUGGAAUUGGUCAGUUUGGCUACCUGAUGAGGUCCUACAGCGGCCGGACUAUGUUUGAUGAGACGUGGGACAAGUCCAACUUCCAGGCGAUUGUUGGACAAUUGACCUUGUCUGACCUCAACAGAGUGCUCUACCGAUGUGACCCUGAGGAGAAGGAUGAUGGGAAGGGCUUUGGAGCCUAUGACAUUCCACAAUGUGGGCCUAUGGUGUACUGUGGUCUGAGAGGUUUGAUGGCUGUGCUGUCUUCCAUACGCUCAAAGAACGAUCUUGGUCAUCCUCUGUGUAACAACCUUCGUGAUGGGGACUGGCUCCCUAGCUACGUGGCCAGCAGACUCCUUGUUCACGAGAGUACGCAGGAUCUUGGUAACUGGUUCAUGGGAAUAUUCCACCACCUCAGUGAGAUUCCUCGCUUUCUUGUUCCGUGUUAUUUUGAUGCAGUGAUCACAGGAGCGUAUGUUGUCCUGCGGGAUCUCGCUAUCAAGCUGAUGUCUGAUUUCGUCAAGGAUGGGUCUACAUUUGUUCAAGCUGUGGCCUUAGGGUCGAUCCAGUUUUGUGGAUUUGUCCAGACAGCCAAGUUACCUCCCUUGUCACCAAAUUUGGCAGACCCAGUACCACCUAGUUACUUUGACAAAGAUACCAACAAAACAAUACAAACGACUCUGUCACUUGCUGCAGGGUUUUCUCACUUCGCUAGUGGCUACAUGAGGAACUGGGGAAGAGACACGUUCAUAGCUUUACGGGGCCUGCUACUGCUGACUGGUAGAUACACCGAGGCAAGGUACAUAAUUCUCUCAUUUGGUGGCUGCUUGCGUCAUGGCCUCAUUCCAAACCUUCUAAAUGAGGGGAGUGGUGCACGGUAUAACUGCCGGGAUGCUGUGUGGUGGUGGCUACAGUCCAUCCAGGAUUACUGUACCCUCGUCAAGGGAGGCCACUCCAUCUUACAGGACAAGGUAUCGCGGUUGUACCCCACGGAUGACUCACCUUGUCAACAGCCAGGAACGUAUGACCAAAGCCUAUGUGAUGUGAUACAAGAAGCUCUCCAACGACAUGCCGAGGGGCUAAAAUACCGCGAGAGGAAUGCAGGGAAAAGCAUAGACGAGAACAUGUCUGAUGAAGGUUUCGAUAAUGAGAUCGGAGUGAAGUGGGACGAAGGUUUUGUAUUUGGUGGCAAUGAGUGGAACUGUGGUACAUGGAUGGAUAAAAUGGGAGGAUCUGACAAGGCAGGCAACCGGGGCAAGCCAGCCACACCCAGGUGUGGGUCGGCUGUGGAGUUGGUAGGUCUGUGUAAAUCAGCUGUACGUUGGCUUGCUGAGAUGCACACGCAGGGAUUCUAUCCAUACGACUCGGUCAACGCGAUCGUAAAUUGUCAGAUGAAGAAAGUAACAUUCAAGGAGUGGGACAGUAAAAUACAGGCCAAUUUUGAGAAACGUUUUUGGAUCAACUCGACUCCCAUUCCAGAAAAUGAGCCUCAUCCUGAACUGAUCAACAGGAGAGGCAUGUACAAAGACUCCUACCUUUCCAAACCCUUCUGGACCGACUUUCAACUCAGACCAAACUUUCCAGUGGCCAUGGUUGUUGCCCCGGAACUGUUUACUCCUGAGAACGCGUGGACCGCUCUACUGGAGGCCGAUGAUGUACUGGUCGGCCCUCUUGGUAUGAAGACACUGGACCCAAGUGACUGGAGCUAUAUUGGGGACUACGAUAACUCCAAUGAUUCCUCCGAUCCAAAGGUGGCACAUGGCUUUAACUACCACCAGGGGCCGGAAUGGGUGUGGCCUCUUGGCUAUUACCUACGUGCCAGACUACAUUUUGCCCGUAUCUUGAACAAGAAAAUUCCAGGACUUUUGAAGACAACGGUUGGCUAUGUCAAAUCCAAGCUGACGACCCAUUACCAGGAGAUAAUGUCCUCACCUUGGCAGUCCCUCCCGGAACUCACCAACUCCAACGGCAAGUUCUGCAAGGACAGCUGUCGGGCCCAGGCUUGGAGCGUAGGAUGUGUAUUGGAAGUCCUGUAUGACCUCGAACAGCUGGAGGAAAGUGUCGAGCUCGCAGACACAACGAAAAUACUUGCUCAGGAUAUGAGGACAAUUACAGUCUAGUGACAGUAAAGAGAUCUAAAUCCUGAGUCUAAGAAUUGACAUUAGCAUUAACAUGCUCACAGUUAGCAGGUCCAGUACACUCUGUCGUUUGAGCUUAAUAUCUGUAAAGACCUUAGCCCAAGUUUCCUCUGGCCCUCACACCAGACUUAGACAUUUCGACAGAAAGUCGUUUGGUGUGGGACAUCUAUCUGUCAAAAUGACAAGUCUGGUGGCAGGGCCAGAGGAAGCUUAGACUAUAAAGACUAUAUAUAUAUAAUAUAAAAACUGUAUCAAAACUAUCUGAAAUAGCUUUUUUUAGCUAUUCUCACAUGAUUUUCUUCCCCCCCAAACAAAAAAUCGACAACAAUUUGCAUUUAAAAGAUUCUGUCACUAAUUUGAUAGCAAAAGACAUUAAAUAAAAGUAUUCUUUUUAAAAGUUGCUGAUGCGAAAAAAUUGGAAAUUUUACAUUUUUGAAAAAUAAAGAUAUACAGUACCUCUAACUGUAUGGUUUUCCUAUUAAACAUUACCAUAAAAUCUAUAUGUUAAAGCGACAUUGCUUUAUUUUUAUAAAAACUAAAAUAAUAGCUCAAUAACGCUAUAAAUUACCGGUAUAAUACAGCUAUUUAAGGUCUUUAGAGAUAUACAGCUCAAUCAACACUAAGUACUGGACCUGGUCAAGUCAAGCAUUUAUAUAGAACCUUCAUAAGGACAAGAACUUAUCACAGUUGAUAAAAGUUGAUAGAUAAAUAUCGACACACUUUAUCAAAACAUGAAGUUGGUCACAAUCAAUGAAUAGAUAAAGAUCAAAGUGUUUCAUCAGGGUAUGAACACAGCCACAGUCUUCAAAAUCGAUUAAUAGGUAAAGAUCGAAGUGUUUCAUCAGGGUAUAAACACAGUCACAGUCAAGUGACAGAUAUAUAUAUACAGGAAAUAAAUGUCCUUCAUCAGCAGAUGGAUAGUUUCUGUCAAAAUUUGCUUAAUAUCAAGAGAUUUUGAUUUUAGAUCCUGAAUUGGAACACAAAAUGACUUUAGUUUGUAGUGUUUGCCAGCUAGCCUUGCCAAGGUGGAAUCGGGCCACAGAAGUCGUUACAGUGGCUACUCACAAUCGGUACGUCUGGUCAGGGUAUCUCGGGGACUAGGAAGUUACA